AUGCCUUUAUGCGAUGAUCACACUGGUGCCAAAACUAAGAUUGUACAUGGAAAUUGUCCUUAUCAUCAGAGGUGGAUUGAUACGUCGUCGCCAGGGCAAAAAGCUUCAGAUUCCACACGUCAAGACGAUGGAGUGCCAAUCUCGAUAGUGCAUGAUUCUUUUGCACUACCAAUGCAACCUUCCGAACCCGGAAAACUAUCUUCAAGAUCAUAUCAGCCUCCUCGAUCAGACAUAAAUGUGUUCUAUGAAACUCAAAGACCGAGCCCGCAGUGGCAUCAUCACCUGUCAACAUCCUAUCAACCAGCUCAGGGACGCUCAUAUCAAUAUCACCGACUAGUAGUUAACCAACUAGCCCAUAGAUACUCACAUUAG